AUGGCGCAACCUCGAGAACUAGGGCAAUCGGUUUUAGCUGCCAUUCGCGAGAACUAUAUCAGCUCGAUGAACGCCUGGGCAGCUUACUUCACCUUGGAAGAAGAUCUUAUAGAAGGAAGCAAGAUCGGACAGGGCUACAGCGCUGUUGGCAGCCGCUUUCUCUCCAUCGGACAGGACCCCUCGUGCACGUCCAAGGUCUGCUUCAUCAGUACCCUUCCACGGAAAGACCGAGAUGCCACACUGAAGCAGGGAGACGACGCGCUCAAGCAAUACGUUGCCAAGCGUUACAAAGACUCCGGCUGGAAGAGCACCGAAAUCAUCAAAGGCAUGAUGAAGGCCGAAGACUCCUACGCCAGUGAAUGGGCUCAAGUCAAGAAGCCGAACCUGUACAAAGGACGUUUUGUCCUCGUUGGUGACGCAGGCUGCGCACUCGGUCCGACUGGUGCUGGCACGACUCUCGCUCUUACCGGCGCCUGCGUGCUAGCCGGCGAGAUUUGCAAACACAGGGGCAACUUCGAUGCAGCAUGCGCAGGCUACGAGCACAUAAUGAGACCGAUUAUCACGGACUUUCAAAAGACCCAACUGGGAUUCCGGGAACCAUAG